GUUCCACCGCGUCGGGACUGCCGCUCCCCGCUCUCCCCUCACGUCAAAAUAACUAAUUGAUUAACACCUUAACAACACGAACGAAUAUGGCGUAAAGUUUACACCACCCAAUAAACUUUAAUCAACUUUCCGGAACCACUUUUAAGUGAUGUGCUUAGAUAAGUAGGUGGUGAAACAUGGGACAAGUGGCAAGUGGAGCCAAAUCCGCAUUGUGGAUAUCUCUUCUGCAUGGAUGCCUUUUUCUCAUUGCUGGUUCCGGCACAGAUGCUCCAUUAGAUAACACGACAAUGGAUAUUUCAUCAAAGAAGUUCCGUUCUGAAUUCCUCCAAGAGUGGCACGGUGCUCAGGAUGCUCCAUAUUUUGAUCCUAGUACACCAAGAAAUAUUACUGGACUGGUUGGGCAUCCAGUUAGAUUAUUGUGCAGAGUUAAAAAUCUACAAAAUAGAACUGUUUCGUGGGUACGACAUCGCGACAUUCAUUUAUUGACAGUAGGUCGGUACACUUAUACAUCGGACCAACGUUUUGAAGCUCAACACAAGCCAAGAUCUGAAGAGUGGGCGCUCCGUAUACGCAGUCCACAGCGUCGAGAUUCAGGCCAGUAUGAAUGUCAAAUAUCAACAACACCGCCGAUUGGUCAUCCCGUUUUUCUUAAUAUUGUUGAACCAGAAACAACGAUAUCAAGCGGUGCAGAAUUAUUCAUACAGGCGGGAUCGACUAUUAAUCUAACUUGUACUGUACGGCAUACCCCCGAACCACCCACCUCAAUAACAUGGACUCACGGAGAUCAGAUAAUAAACUUCGAUUCAGCUAGAGGUGGAAUAUCGUUGGUGACGGAAAAAGGUCUUAAGAGCACCAGUCGCCUACUUGUUCAACGAGCGAGAGGAUCUGAUGCCGGAGCCUAUUCAUGUGGACCGAACAAUGCUCCCCCAGCUUCAAUCAGAGUACAUGUAUUAUCCGGUGAACAUCCAGCAGCGAUGCAGCAAGGCUGUGCAAUAUCAUGUCUAGAUUUAUCAUUGUCAGUUGUUGUAUCUUUAUUAACUAUAUAUACUUUAUUGCCUCAACAAUUAUUUGGAUCGUGA